AUGAAUAUUUCAGCUUUUCCGAGUCUUGAUGAAGCAAGUUAUUGUUUCCCCUCUGUAAACCGAUCAUGUAUCAGAAAUAGCCUUCCAACAACAGUUACUGCUGUGUUGUACACAUUACUCGUUGGAAUUAUAAUAACUGUUAUUUGUGGAAACCUUUUGGUGAUCAUUUCUGUUUCUCACUUCAAGGAGCUUCACACACCUACCAACUUUUUAACACUUUCACUAGCUGUUACUGAUUUUCUUGUAGGUUUACUUGUUUUACCUUUUAGCAUGGUAAGGACUGUUGAAGCAUGUUGGUAUUUUGGAAACACAUUUUGUAAAAUCCAUUCUGCAUUUGAUAUGGCUUUUACAACUGUCUCUAUUUUUCACCUUUGUGCAAUUGCUGUUGAUCGUUACUACACCAUCUGUGACCCACUGCAUUAUUCAUUGAAAAUCACAUUAUCUGCGAUAACAAUUUUUCUGUUUGUCUGUUGGAUGUUACCUAUAUGCCUCACUUAUUUUCUAGUUUUCUUUGGCCAGAAUGUAGAUGAGAUGUUUUUGGCUUCAGUAUACUGUGAAGGACUGUGUAUAUCAACAGCAGAUAAAACAUGGGCUUUGAUUAUACCAGUAGUAAACUACUUUUUGCCUGCAUCUGCAAUGAUAUGUAUUUACUUGAAAAUUUUUAUAGUGGCUAGAAAACAUGCAAAAAUUAUUAAUGGCAUAGUAAACAAAGUGAGUUCUGUGAAAAAACAUGUCAAACAAAUAAAAGCAUCAGAGCAAAAGGCUACUAAAACUCUAAUAUUAAUAAUGGGUAUAUUUUUAUUUUGUUGGCUACCCGUUAUAAUUGUGAUAUUGCUGACUUUUUACUUCAAUAUUUUCAUUCCAUCAUUCAUUCUUGAAGCAUUAAGCUGGUUAGCAUAUUUUAAUUCUGGUUGCAAUCCCAUUGUUUAUGGAUUCUUUUAUCCAUGGUUUCAACUAACUUUUAAAAUGGUUUUAAAUGGUAAAAUAUUCACUGCAGCAUCCUCUACCUUUAGUCUGUCUUCUGAAAAUCACUGA